AUAGUUAACAUUUUGAUCACAUAUUUGGUAGUAGCGCUGCUUAAAAUAAACAAUAAAUGUUGAGGUUAUCUUUGCCAUCAAUUUUAAAUAUGAAUUUUCAACAAAUUAGGUGUUUAAAUUCGAUGUCAGCAGCUAUAACAAGACCACAUAGAAAUACAUAUCUUCGAAUGUAUCCUACGCUGCUUGUAAAUCCUGAUGGGUCGACUAUUACAAUCAGAUACCCGGAGCCUAGACAGAUUAUCAAGUUACCCUUGAAUAUUUGGACACUCAGCGAAGCUGAACGUAAAGCAAGAAUAGAUGAAAGAAAACCAAAGAAGAAAGUUAAAAUUGAAGAUGAUAUAGAAGACACCUAUGAUUCGAAAAAAUAUUUGAAAUAUUUGAAGAAGAAAUGAGAUGUUUUAUUAUAAAUGUUUAUAGCUAAAAAUAAUAUAGUCAUUUUUAUUGUUUUAUGUGCGAAUAUUUUUUCUAAACAAAGACGGGUGAAAGUGUUGACAUUUUAAAUGAUUUUUUUGAAUAGAAUCAAUUGCUACUAAGAGAAUUUAUAAUUUUUGGCUAUUAUGUCAGAUUUGAGGGGUAAAGGGGAGAAAGAUGAAUGUCACAUAAAGUAAGUUUUGAGAAGUGAAUUUAAAAGUUUGAAGACUCCUAGACUCGUUGUACAGGGUGGGUCAAAGAUCUGGCG